GGCAAAAAGUCACGAGGCCUCCAAUCGAAUUGGUUACUCUUAUUGUAGACACAACGAAGUCCUUUCAUUUAUCAUCACCCGAUCCACUUUCAACAUGCGCUUGGUGGUGUCGCUUCUUGUUUGUUCCCUCCUUUUGGCAGGAACAAGUGCUGCGGUCCCUACCGAAGUCGAAGCUCGACGCCGUAGACUGAAGCAAAAGGCAGAACAGGAUAAGAUUGCUGGUGAUCCCCGUGGAGCGAUUCGUCAGAGCCGCAUUAUUGAAAGCCAGCGUAUCGAUGAGAUCGAAGGGGUUACGGUCCGCGCUGACUACGAUCGUAAUCGUAGACUGGUGGAUGUCAAAGCCGGAAACUUUUACCCGGAAGACGUGCAAGCAAAGCGAACCUUGAAGGUCAACAAAGACGACCUUCAGUUUUGGGAGCGAUUGUUGCAGGUAGACGCGAAUCCGGGUACCAGCUUGAGCGUUGCCACUGCACCUCCGUCGCCUGCUCCCGUUGCUAGCCCCAUCCCGCCUUCCGUGCCUGCUCCUAUUCCAGCGCCCACCGGACCGAACGCACCUCCGAUUGGUGGGCUACCGUUACCGACCUCCGAGGUCGUCACCCCUACCGCAGCUCCCGUUAUGCCUCCCACCGUGGCACCCACGCUAGCACCCACUCCCGCACCCGUUCCCAGUAACCCCAACGCACCUCCGAUUGCGGGAAUUCCCGUCAAUACCGCUGCACCCGCGGGCGUGACCUCUCCCACGAGUGCCGGCGCGAUUGCUCCCACCGCUGCUCCCGUUUCCGCUCCUGCCGGUGCGUUGGAAUUGCCUACCGCCGCACCGACCGUGGCGGCGGCACCCGUCGCUUCCCCUACCGCGGUAACGACCCCGUCGGCCACUCCCACGUCGGUGGCACCCGUGGCCACUCCCACGUCGGUAGCACCCGUGGCCACUCCCACGUCGGUAGCACCCGUGGCCACUCCCACGGCAUCGCCGGUGGCUGUUGCACCGGCGCCAGCAGCACCCGCGUCUCGCGUAGAGCAAGUGGUCCUCUCGGUUGCCUUGUCCAACGGAGCUGAAUUUGUCAACCCGGAAUCGUAUCAGUCGAAAGCACUGGCUUGGCUGGAGGGCUCCAAUACGGACGGAUUGAGUGACCAGCGUAUCAUCCAACGCUAUUCCCUCGGAUGCAUCUUCUUCGCAACCAACGGUGUCCGUACCCAGUUUACAGACCAGGCGUUUGGAGAAAAUGUCAUUCUCAACUGGCAAAAUGUAUCGGGAUGGGCUACCAAUACGAACGAAUGUGAAUGGAAGGGAAUCGGAUGUGAUAGUACCAACUCUGUCAACCUUCUUGAUUUGUUCAGCAACCGCUUGACCGGCGAAUUCCCCCCUGAGCUUACACUGCUAAGCCGUUCACUUGUUGUUUUUGAUGUGGGUCUCAACUUCUUUUUUGCGGAGGGUAACAACUUCAACACGGUUCUCGGUAGCUUGUCGCUCCUUACGGAUCUUCGAUUCGACCGGACCAACAUGAUCAAUAACGAAGGCAUUCCGACAGAGAUCGGUCUUCUCAAGAAUCUUGAAAUCUUUAACUGUGCUUCUACUUUGUACCGUGGUGCCUUGAACGCUGCCGCGUUUCAACCUGAUCAGACACGUUGGACUUAUAUGGAAAUUGAAUCCAAUGCCUUCAAUUCGUCCUUGCCCUCCUCCAUUGGCAACCUUCCCGCGUUGGAGCAGCUCUUCGCUCGAGACAGCUUUAUUGAAGGCACUAUCGAUACGCUUGUGAACAUGAGAAACGCCCUGGUAAUUUGGGUUGACCAGAAUCCUGGAUUAGGUGGAACUAUCCCUAUCCAGUUUGGAUCUUUCUCUAAUCUACGGAGCUUAUCCUUGACCGAGUGCGCUUUUACAGGCACACUGCCCCCUCAACUAGGCAAUUUGGGUAAUGAUUUUUCUCAAUUCUUUAUCUACAGAAACCAAAUGACUGGAGGCGUUCCUGAUUCGUGGGCAAACUUAGGCGGUCUCGAAUUUCUUGAACUUUGGGAGAACGACUUCACCGUACAGAUCCCUGCCGGGGUAUGCGCUUUGACCUUCUCUAGCCUCGAGCGUUUGAUUGCGGACUGUUCAAUCUGCCCGACAACUCCUUGCUGUGACUCAUGCGUUGAAGAUGUCUAGACGAUUAUUCCUUUCGAACGGUGUAGGGUCUACUUUGCGGAUCAACGAGUAUUCGAUAUUCAUAAAUAACGUUUCAUUUUAUAAUGACAAAAUCCAAGUUUCCUUUGUUUAU